AUGGCAGAACCAGCAACUAUAACCAGACCCCUGAUAUCCUCCAAGCGACACAAGAGCAUAAGGAAGAAUUCCAGGAGAAUUUAUUCCCCAUAUCAGGACGAUAAUGGAAUUGCUGUGAUUGUUGAUCUUUGGUUGUGUUGCAGACCAUCUGAUGAUGAGGAUAAGGAUGGAGAAAGAGUGGACAGCAAUGAUCCAGAGGAGUUGUUCCAGAACAUUCAGGUUCAGAAGGAAAUCAUCACCAACAUCCGAACUAAACCCUGGCCAAUAAGACGCAAGCUAAAAGUGCUCAAGCAAGCUAGAGAGAUUGUCCUGAAGUAUGAGGGCCGACUGACCAGGACGAGAGGUUACCAGGCAGCAGGGGCAGAUUUGCUGAAGAAAAUUUCAAGACUCUUGUACAACAUUGUCGUCUUGUUCAUUCCCUGGGAGAUGAGGAUCAAAAAGAUUGAAAGUCACUUUGGAUCAGGUGUAGCCUCUUAUUUCAUAUUUCUGCGGUGGCUGUUUGGGAUCAACAUAGUUCUCACUGUCAUGACUGGAGCCUUUAUCGUACUGCCUGAGCUCUUGGCCGGCGCUCCGUUUGGUACCACCCGCAGCAAGACCAUCCCCAAGGAGCACCUUACCUCUGCACAAGACCUGGACACCAUCUGGUCGCUGGGGGGAUAUCUUCAAUAUUCUGUGCUUUUUUACGGCUACUACGGCAAUGUGCGUAAAAUCGGCAGUGCCGGCUACAGACUGCCCUUGGCCUAUUUUCUGGUCGGGAUGGCUGUUUUUGCCUACAGCUUCAUCACUUUGCUAAGAAAAAUGGCUAAAAACUCCCGCAUGAGUUUAGCCGGCGCCUCUGAUGAGAAUUACACCUUCUGCUGGCGUGUCUUCUGUGCGUGGGACUACCUGAUUGGGAACCCAGAGGCGGCCGAGAGUAAAGGGGCGGCCAUCGUCAACAGCAUCAGAGAGGCCAUUGUAGAGGAGCAAGAAAAAAAGAAAGACACUAGCCUAGCUGUACUGAUCAGUUUGCGGAUUCUGGCAAACAUUCUGGUCCUGAUGUCUCUGACCGGCAGCAUCUACAUCAUCUACUUUGUGGUGGAUCGUUCUCAAAAACUAGAGCAGGAGAAACCCGAGCUAACACUCUGGGAGAAGAAUGAGGUGAGCGUGGUGGUGUCCCUCAUCACAAUGAUUGCUCCGUCAGCCUUUGAGUUAGUGGCUCAGUUAGAGAUGUACCACCCCAGAACGAGUCUCCGCUUCCAACUUGCCAGAGUUCUGGUGUUGUACCUUGGGAACCUCUACAGUUUGAUUAUAGCCCUCCUGGAUAAAGUCAACAGUAUGAGCUCUGCUAUUUCUGUGGGUGCGGGAAACCUGUCUGACUCAACAUCGUUCCUAGCGACGAUUUCCCAGUCUACCGAGGAAAACCUGUCCACCAUCAUCCCAGACAUCACAGAGCUGCAGAACAGCACACUGACCAUGACUCUUCUGGAGCUCAACAACAGCAUGACCACCAUCAAGAGCCCCACAUCCUCCAGACAGCCAAUGAGAAUGCAGUCUCUGCUAAACCAGACCGUCCUCUAUGAGUACAACACCAGAUCACAACAGGACCCCUGCUGGGAAACAUAUGUCGGACAGGAGAUGUUAAAGCUCUCCAUCAUUGAUAUGAUCUUCACGGUGGCAAGUAUCCUGCUCAUUGAUUUCAUCCGGGGACUGGUGGUUCGAUACUUGAGUGACUGCUGCUGUUGGGACUUGGAGAGCAAGUUUCCAGAAUAUGGUGAAUUUAAAAUAGCAGAAAAUGUUCUUCAUCUGAUAUACAACCAAGGAAUGAUAUGGAUGGGAGCGUUCUUUUCACCCUGUCUGCCUGCCUUUAAUGUCCUGAAGCUCAUUGGCUUGAUGUACCUGCGCAGCUGGGCUGUGCUGACCUGUAAUGUUCCCCAUCAGCAGGUCUUUAAGGCCUCCAGAUCAAAUAACUUCUAUCUGACGAUGCUUCUCUUCAUGCUUUUCCUGUGCAUGUUACCGACCGUUUUUGCCAUUGUGAGGUAUCGGCCGUCUCAGUACUGUGGACCCUUCAGUGGCCAGGAGAAGAUUUACGACAUCAUCUCUGAAACCAUUUCCAAUGACUUCCCACUGUGGUUCAGUAAAGUGAUGAGUUACGUCACCAGUCCUGUGGUGGUGCUGCCCGCUUUGCUUCUGCUCUUCAUGCUGAUCUACUACCUCCAAUCCAUCGCUAGAUCACUCAAAGUCACCAACAGCCAGCUGAGAAUGCAGCUGCAGACCGAACGCACGGACGACAAGAAGAAAGUAUUUCAGUUAGCCGCAGCGCGUCUGCAGGGACCUGAGGGUGGUGAUAAAAAGUCAGAACAAGAGAGCGACAUUACUAGUAUGGAGUCGUCCGCCCGCUCUGCCUCCCCUCCACGCCGCAACGGCAGCAUCACCAACUUCGAAGCUCCCGUCCGCCCGGGCAACAGCAUCCGGACCAUAACGCAGUCGGCUUCACGUCCUGACAUCCCUAGAGCUGCUGGAGCGACGCAGAGCCCCACUGUCCCUGUGCGGCAGAAACACAAAUCUGAGCCCAUGGCCAGUAGUUCUUUCAGAAUGCACAGCAGUCCUUCAGUUCCUCAAAGACAAGUACGACGAGUGGAGUACAUACCCAUCAGGCAUUCUGGGUACUUGGGCAGCACCAGCAGUUCCUGCCGCUCCAAGUCCUACCACAACAUGGCCUACAACCCGUGUACACGGUAUGCUGAAAACAUCCACUCCGAUCCACAGUUUCGGAAGACCCUUCGGCCCAUGCACACCGAGCCCGCCGUAAUCACAGCUCAGAGCUACGUGGGCCACCGGGCACAUUCGACACGUUACAUCAUUGUCAAUGAACACGAAGCUCGCAAGAAGCUCAUGCGCUCAAAUACACGCAUACCGAGACAUUACCGUCUCGCAGACGAACCAACGGAGAUUGUAGAGCUUUAUCCACGUAACGUGAAAUGUUACAUUCCUCGUCCUCUUCACCGAAGCCACCAGCCACACCUCAACGAGGAAGAGGAGGAGGAAGAUCCAAAGAGCAGCACAAAGAGGGCAUCGUUCAGACAGUCGAAACGUCCACGACCACUGUCGGAUCUCCAUCAGACCGCGCGAUUCUACAUUGGCGAUACAACAAACAGUCAGUUGUCUAUGGAGCAGGGUUUAUACUGCGAUGAAGAAGAGGAUGAUCAUGAAGAAGAUUGGGUGAACGACCCUCAGACAAACAUUCGAGGUCCAGAAUCGGCUCACAGGUGCGGUGAACCAUACGUCAAGCCCAAGACCAAGCAUAAAGUGGAGCCGUCUCUGACCGAGUCAGAUUCAGCAUCGCUGGCGUCCAGUAGUGACCAACAAAACAGCAGCACAGACCAGUACAUCCAGGUCAUUCACAACAAAAAGAAGUACCUGAAGUCCAGCGCCAAGCUGACCAAAACGAAAUCCAAGAGCAGUGUUAAACUCAAUGUUCCUGGAACUAAUGAUCUUGUCUGCUCCAACGUUUAACCUGUUUAGAGAUUAUGGCUCUGCUCGAAAACACCGUCAAGCUUUCUGUGUAGGAAGCAUUUUAGGUGUACACUAACACCAAGUCUGUUUCAUGAGGCAGGAUGCAACAUUAUCCUGCCUUCUAAAGGCUGGAAUACAUUAGACGACUUUUAAAAUUGGAAUAGAUUUCUGAUGACUUUUAAGUUGUUCCUAGUCGUUGCUAGGAGACAUGUGACAAAUGAAAACAAUAUGUGUUCUAAAAUCGGCUCAAAAUAACAAAUACGUUUGAUAUCCGCCAGCUGGAGAAAAUCAGUCAGUGACAUCAACACUUCGCAAUUUACUGUGAACUCUGACUGCUUAAAAUCUACUGAAUGACUCUGAUUUUGGCAACUAUGGUCCACUUGUCUAGACUGUGAAUCAGGGCUAAACUGUGGUCAAAAGUAUUCAAACCUUAAAAGGCCUUCUUCUGGCCAAAUUGUAAAGCAGCCUUACAGGUGAUGGUCAU